UAUCUUAAAGAAAAGAAAGUUAAUUCUAACACCCUCUAAUUCUUUUCGAUAUCAAUAAAUUGUUAAUUAUAAAUUCUAAUUUGUUAACCAAUAUCAUACGUCAAUUUUGUUAUGGACUCAUCGGUGUAUUGUAAAUUCUAACGGUCCAAAACUCUAAAUCGCCAAAAAAUUGUACCGUGGCCCGAUUUUGUAGUAGCGCACUUGCUAAAAAAAACAUUAUGUUAUAUCUCAUGGUGGGACCCACCAACUAAGCAUAUAGUGGAAAGGAGGGCGGUCGGGCCAACGGCUAUGAAAGGAAGGGUUUUGGGAGUCAGUAGUAAGACAAAUUCAAAUUCAAAUUUGGGUAAGGAUUAAGGGCUCUUUGUUUCUCCCUCUCUCUCUCUCUCUAUUGGCAGGAAGAAGAAGAAAAGAAGAAGUAUCAGAAAGAAUGGAGAAGGUAGUAGGAUUGGAUCCAGAGACGGAAUUCUUAGCGUCAAAGCAAGAGACGGGUCACGAGUGGGAACUCUUCAAGGAAAAUGUCAGACCUUUGAAGAGAGGCCGCAACGUUAAUCUCCUCAACAAUGCUCUUAAGUCCACUACCGAUUAUCAUCUCAAGAAAUCUCUUCUUGACAAACGAAGGGCGUUGAUCGAAGCAAUUGACCAGUACAAAGGUGAAGACCCUCUUCAGCCAUGGAUCCAGUGCAUCAAAUGGGUGCAAGAGGCUUUCCCUCCCGGUGGGGACAGUUCUGGACUUAUAGUUAUUUAUGAACAAUGUGUCCGUACCUUUUGGCAUGAUGAACGAUACAAGGAUGACCUCCGUUACUUGAAAGUCUGGCUGGAAUAUGCUGAAAAUUGUAUGGAUGCUGAAGUGAUUUAUAGCUUUUUGGAGGCUAACAAAAUUGGGCUGACACAUUCGUCAUUCUACAUAGCCUAUGCUUUGCACAUGGAAUCUCAAAAUAAAAUCAAAACAGCAAACGAGAUCUUCAAUCGGGGACUAUCUAUGAAUGCAGAACCUGAAGAGAAAUUGAAAAUAUCCUACAGGAAGUUUCUCAGUCGUUCAAUGGGGCGACCCAAAGUAACAGAGGAGGAGCUAGCAGAACACCAGCUUCCAAUGAGAAGCUUUGGAACACUGUUGGCUAGGGGGGAAGCUCGAAAUCAGAUGACGGGAACCUCUGACUUGUCACGGAAGAAAAUGAAACAGGAUAGAGCUCAGGGGAGCCUAAUUUCCAUUUACAAAGAUUCAAGUGCUGGAAUGUCAUCAACUCCUCAAUCAGAAAUACCAAAGCUAGAGAACACAUGGCACUGUCUUGGUGCCCGAGCAGAUAGGAACAAGGAGAAUCAGGCAAUCCCUUCGAAAUGGACAUCUAAUAAGAUUCCUCAAAGACAUGGGCUUAGACACCGAGCAGCUACUACCACCACUCCAUGCCUAGAGAUCUUUGUGGACGAGGAAUGUGCCAAAACACAGGAGAAGGACUCUGCUGCUGUAAAGGUUUCUAGUCUGCAGCUUAGACGAGGAGAUGACAGAGACAUAAAAAAGGAGACUGAGUUGCUGAGGGAGAAUCCACUGCGUUAUUUUCCACCGAGCUCAUUACCUAGAUGAUCGGACAGAAGAAAGUUAUCAUUGUGUGAUGAGAUUUCUCUAUCUCAAAGUAUGAGACAAUUCCCCAGUGCAAGCGCGUUACAAAUGUUCCAAGUAUAUUGAGUGGAGUGGUCAAAGGAGACAUAUUGUAUCUUUGGUUUUGGCAGGCUUGAGCCAAAAAAUCCUAAGGAAUGAUUUUAUAUGAUUGCAAGAGUUAUUGAUGUAGUUGACAAAUUGUGCUUUAUAAUAAUUUUGCUCUUGGUUGAAGAGUUCUUUCA